AUGGCAACUAAUGAAUGUAUUGUACAUUCUCGCAAGACUUUAUCUAAAUUUCAUGCUGCUAUUAAUCAACUUCGUGUCGAAAAACUGUUUUCUAAUGAUGUUUAUCGAGAAUUACCCAAACGAUGUUGUUCAUGUAAUGGAAAGCAAGGUUUAAAGACAAUAGAACUUGAAGCUCUACGCGAAAUUUCUAAGGAUAUAAUGUUAUCAGCAGCAUCUACUGUCAAAGUUCGAUUUUCAUCAAAUGCAAAUAGAUGGUUUUUGACGAAAACUGAGGAAGACAAUCCUGAUGAAGAAGAGAUGGAUGUUGAAGAUCUAACUGAUACGACAGAUGACGAUGCAUCCCAAGAUUCAAUGUCGAUAAGUGAUGCUGAGGAUAGAAAUAACCAACAUACAUUAUCCAAUGAGGAAAUUAUUAAGGAAAAGUUUGCGAAAGUUUUAGAAACAUUCAAGGUUACAACAGCAACUGAUGAAUGUAUUGUACAUAAUCCUAAAUAUCGAUCGAAAUUUAACCAUGCUGUUAAUUUACUUCGUAUAAAACAGUUUAAAAAUUGGACUUAUCAUAAAUUACCAAAACGAUGUUGCUCGUGUAAUGGUAAAACAGGUUUGACUGUAAUUGAUCUUAAUGUACUGGGAGGUAUAUGUGAGGAAAUUGAAUCAAAUCCACCAAUCAAAUCAGUAUCAGUGAAGCCUUUUCAUGUCUUGACCUUUCCAUUUGAAUCAACAACAAAAAUUCCAGAGCGUCGCACAAGAAUUCGCCGUUUUAUUGGAAAAAAAGGUCAAAACUUAACUAUGCUACAAGAUAAAUACAAUGUUCGAAUUCACAUUAUUAAUAGAUCUUCUAAUAAGACACUACGUAAGAAGAUCAGCGAAGUAGAAAAUAAAGCUGUAAAGCGAGAUAUGAGUAAAGCAGAUGAACUCUACUUGUUAAUCACAGGGAAAAACAAAUUAAUGACAGAUGCUAUUCCCAUUGAUGAAAUUAAACGUGAAAUAACUGAGAAAUGGGAAGAAGCAAGUGAAAUUGGGUUUAUUGAAAAAGAAUUUACUUUCGAUCAUACGGAAUCAAAUAAACGUUUUCAGUUUUUGUCUCUUCCGUUCGAAUCAGAAGUUUCACUGGAAACACGUAAUGACAUAAUUAGCCGUUUUAUUGGAAAAAAAGGCGAAAAUUUACGUGAUUUGGAAAACAAUUACAAUAUUCAUAUACAUAUUAUUAAACAAGGAUCUUCUAAUGAAAAAUAUUUUCGACAGCUAAUUGAAGAACAAGAAAAGAGUGAAAAACAAGAUCCAAGUAACCAGGAUGAUCUCUACGUGUUUAUUACGAAGAAAAACAAAUCAGUAACGGAUGUAAUUCCAAUAAAUGAAGUUAAAGAAGAAAUAAGUCCACGAUUUGAAUUCAAUACAAGUGAAUCAGGACGAUACGCUAUACCUUUUUGA